GUAUGCUAGCUCUGAGGUAAUCACGCUACACGGAGUGCUGCGACAGCUUGUGUUUUUGGGUUUUGUUCUCUUUGGGUGGCUUUUUUUGUACUAUUUGUGCUGUGACCUUAGAGAGUGGAGGUAAGGAGGAAGAUGCUGCUCCACUCUUUGCUGUUACCCCAGGUUCAAGUAGAUAUCGAGAGCUCAAUGGCAGUCACCAGCUCCUGUGCUCCUGUGGUUUGACUGGAUUUCAAAGGCCUUUUUUUCUGCAGUCCGGAUUCGCUCCUGUGAGAGAGACCAAAGAAGGAUUUUCUGGCGGACUGCACGUGGAUUCGCGUGAGUGAGGAUUACCUGUGUCUGUGAGGCCUGAAGGGACCGCCGAUGGGUAACGCUGCCGGGAGCACGGAGCCGCCCUCCGGGCAGGAGCCCAGGAGCACGGUGGCCGUCCCAUCGCCAUCGCCCCUACAGAAGCAGCCGGCGUCCCCCAAACUGCCCAUGCCCGCUGAGGAUGAGCUGGAGGAGCGCUUUAACGUGGUGUUGAACUCCAUGAACCUGCCGCCGGACAAGAUGAAACUACUGAGUCAAUACGACAAUGACAAGAAGUGGGAGCUGGUCUGUGAUCAGGAACGCUUCCAGGUGAAAAAUCCACCCUCGGCCUACCUGUCAAAGAUCAAGAGCUACCUGGACCAGGGAGGGAUUGGCAGCCGAUUUAAAAGGCGGGUCCAGGAAUCUACUCAGGUCCUGAGAGAGCUGGAGAUUUCACUCCGGACCAAUCACAUCGGCUGGGCCCAGGAGUUCCUCAAUGAAGAGAAUCAGGGUCUUGAUGUGCUAGUGGACUACCUGUCCUUCGCCCAGUGUUCCCUCUCGUUUGACAUGGAGAGUGUGGAUAAUGGGUGCCUGUCGACAGAGAAAUCAAUUGAGGACUUGACUAAGAGCAGUGGAAACUCGCCCACCCACAGUGUCUCCAAAGCCACCCGCUCCCUGACUGUCCGGCUGAACAGCUUCGCGCAGAGCAGGAAAGUGCUGCGGAACUCCCGCGUGGUCAGUCAGAAGGAUGACGUGCAUGUCUGCAUCAUGUGUCUGCGCGCCAUCAUGAACUACCAGUCUGGGUUUAACCUGGUGAUGACCCACCCUCGCUGUGUCAAUGAAAUCACUCUCAGUCUCAACAACAAGAACCCCAGGACCAAGGCGCUGGUACUGGAGCUGUUGGCUGCUGUGUGCCUGGUGAGGGGAGGCCAUGACAUCAUCAUCUCUGCCUUCAACAACUUCAAAGAGGUGUGUGGUGAGAAAAACCGCUUCGAGAAGCUCAUGGAGUAUUUCAGAAACGAGGACAGCAACAUUGACUUCAUGGUCGCCUGCAUGCAGUUCAUCAACAUUGUGGUCCACUCGGUGGAGAACAUGAACUUCCGUGUUCACCUGCAGUAUGAGUUCACCCAACAUGGCCUGGACCAGUACUUGGAGAACCUGAAGAAUACCGAGAGUGAUAAGCUGCAGGUGCAGAUCCAGGCUUACCUGGACAAUGUGUUUGAUGUGGGAGCACUGCUGGAGGAUGUGGAAGCCAAGACCAGCCUGCUGGACCAUACAGUCGAUCUGCAGACACAAAACGCAGAGCUGAGCGCUCGCCUGCAGGAGUGUGAGAACCAGGCCGUGGAGAGAUUGGCGGAGCUGGAGACACAGCUGAUGCAGGCCACCAAGGAGGCAGAGGUGCUCAAGGAGAGCCUGCGGGACUCAUGCUCCCAGGUGAGUGCCUUGCAGCAGAAGCAGCGUGAGCAGGAGCUGAACCGGGAGAGAGAGAGGGACAGAGAGCGUGUCUCCCAGCCCUCCUCAGAGCUGGAGCUCAAGGUGCAGGAGCUGCAGGACCGGGGCCUGGUCCGCCUCACGCGCUCUGCCUCCGGAAGCCUGGACAUCCAGGUGAUACCCGUCACCAUCACAGAGCCUGCCCCCCCGCCCGCCACGCAGACAGCUCCAGCUGUUGAAACCACUCCGCCCCCUCCUGCUCAGGAUAGUCCAGCAGUCCCUCCUUCCUGUUCAGCCCCACCUCCUCCCCCACCCCCACCCCCACCCCCUCCGCUGUCGCCCAACUGUGCUCCCCCUCCUCCUCCUCCUCCUCCUCCUCCUCCUCCCCCACCUGGAUCAGGACCUCCUCCACCCCCUCCCCCACCCGGUGUUGGGCCUCCCCCACCUCCUCCUCCACCUGGCAGUGGGCCUCCCCCGCCCCCUCCUCCACCUGGCGGUGGGCCUCCCCCCCCACCAGGAGGCCCUCCCAUUGGAGACACUGCUGCAGGGCCUAAAGGCAAAAAACCCAUCCAGACCAAGCAUCGCAUGCCUCUGUUAAACUGGCAGGCUCUCAAGCCCAACCAGGUCACAGGCACUGUCUUCAAUGAGCUGGAUGAUGAAAACAUUCUCGGGGAGCUUAACAUGGAUGCUUUUGAGGAGCAGUUUAAGACCAAGGCCCAGGGCCCCCCGGCUGACCUGGGCAAGCUGAAGGUCAAGGUGGCGCAGAAGAGUGCCCCCAGCAAAGUGUCCCUCAUUGAGUCCAACAGGGCCAAGAACCUGGCCAUCACCCUGCGCAAGGCGGGCAUAAGUGCCCCUGAAAUCUGCACUGCCAUAGAGACGUAUAACCAGCAGGCCCUGAGCCUGGACUUCCUGGAGCUGCUGGAGCGCUUUAUCCCGUCCGAGUAUGAGAUGAAGCUGAUCCAGAACUACGAGAAGGAGGGGCGGCCGCUGGACGAGCUGUCGGAGGAGGACCGCUUCAUGAUGUGCUUCGGCAAGAUCCCGCGCCUCUCGCAGAGGAUCAGCACCCUCAUCUUCAUGGGCAACUUCCCCGACAGCGCCAAGCGGCUGCAGCCGCAACUGAAUGCCAUCAUUGCAGCAUCGAUGUCCAUCAAGUCCUCCACAAAGCUGAAAAAGAUCUUGGAGAUCAUCCUGGCUUUUGGGAACUACAUGAACAGCAGUAAGAGGGGAUCAGCAUAUGGGUUCCGCUUACAGAGCUUGGACCUGCUGCUGGAUACGAAGUCCACAGACCGCAAGCAGACACUGCUGCACUUCAUCGUCAACAUCAUCCAGGAGAAGUACCCCGAGCUCAACUCCUUCCACUCCGAGCUGCACUUCAUGGACAAGGCUGCUCAAGUAUCACUGGAGAGCCUCCAGCAGAACGUGCGAUCCCUAGAGAGGGGCAUGGAGAUGGCCCGCAAGGAGUUCCUGGUUCAGGAUGACAAUCUGGGACUGAAGGAGUUCAUGAAGACCAACAGCGAGGUCCUGGACGUCCUGGUCAAGGACUGCAAGACUGCUCAGGAGGCAUAUAACUCAGCUGUUGAGUACUUUGGGGAGAACCCCAAGACCACCCCGCCCUCCACGUUCUUCCUCGUCUUUGUGCGGUUCAUAAAGGCCUACAAGCAAGCCGAGCAGGAUAAUGAGCAGAAAAGGAAGCAGGAGGCUCAGGCCAGCGAAGACCCUGGCGAGGUGCCCCCCUCCCCCAACAAGACGGCGGGUUCCAAAAACAAGGCACCCAUGAUGCCCAAGCUACCCCAGAUGGAUCUCAUCGCCGAGCUGAAGAAGAGACAGGUUAAGCCUCAGGUCAGGGAGGGCAAGGACGGGGCCAUUGAGGACAUCAUUACGGACCUGAAGAACCAGCCCUACAGACGGACGGAUGUAGGCCCACGCAAUGCCAAGAGACCCAAUGGACAGCAGGUCUCCUCUAACACCUCACAAUGAAGCUCCUGAGUGUACGAGGACAAGCACCCACAGAAGUACCAAAAGCAUGGCUCUGUUCCCUGUACAUGCAGGCGUAAAUAGAUUGACUCUGUACAUGAUAUGGAUUGAGAGAUUGAGAGUUCACAUCAUUCUAGAAAUUGCCAGUGUAAAGCAAGGAUUUUUCUACAGGCACACAAUAUAUGGACAAAAUC